AUGCCAGAGAAGAGCCUCACGGUAGCCACCUAUGCUGCAGGGGCCUCACUUGCUGCAAUAACCCUGAUAUACGUGUUUGGGCCGACCUACUUCCUCGACGAGAGUCCUUCAGGUCCUUCCGGUAUUGCCGCUCUUUCAAACCGCAAGAAAGGCGUCGUCGGCCUCUCAAACCCUGCCAAUGACUGCUUCAUCAACUCGGUGCUCCAGGCCCUCGCGGGCCUGGGCGACCUGCGCCUAUACUUGAUCCGUGAGAUGCAUCGUCGUAAUUUGGACGAAGGCUGGGUCUACGCCCAGGCAAUACCCCGGGAAGCCCGCGGAUCCGUUGGUCAUGGCCAGAGGGACAUGCCCGACUGGAAGGUGGAGGGCCUGCAGAGUGGCAGCGUCACCAAGGCCUUGAAGGACAUCCUCGACUCCCUCAACGAGCGGCCCAUCUAUAGAAAGACAAUUACGGCCGCGCCCUUUGUGCGGAGCCUGGAGCUUGCCUUCCGCCAGCGCAUCAGCCGCCAACAACAGGACGCACAAGAAUUCCUCCAGGUCGUUGCGGAACGAUUGUGUGACGAAUAUCAUGCCGGCCGCAGAGCGAGGAGCUACGCCAGAGGGGCGGCGGCACUUCCAAACCCAGAUGCCGUAGCAGAACAGCUGGGCAGCGGCAUGGUUGGACACAAACUGGCCACUCUGGCGUUGGACGAUACAACAGAGGACGACAGCUCAGGGCCCGCCGCCUCGCCGCCUUUGACCAUCCAGAGAACCCCCCCGCCUAUGGGAGGGCAGGAGAAUGAUGACGAGGAAGAGGGCUUCCCGAUGGAGGGCAAAUUCGAGUCACAGAUCGAGUGUUUGACCUGCCAAUUCAAGCCCAGGCCAACCGAGUCCACCUUUUGCACCUUGACCCUCAACGUGCCACAAACCUCGUCGACAACCCUCAACGCCUGCUUUGACGGCAUGUUCAAGACGGAAUACAUUGACGAUUUCAAGUGCGAGAAGUGCCGGUUAACGUCGCCCUCGGAGAGCUUCAGGGAAAAGGCCACGACCGCAAUCGCCAAGCUGCAGGCGGCGAUCGAGACGAAUCCGGAAAAGCCGCCCGAGGACGUCGUGCUGCCGGACUUGCGAUAUGCCCCGAAGCGCAGGAUCGCCCGGCAUAUCCGCCUGACCCGGUUCCCCAAGAUCAUGGCCGUCCACCUCUCCAGGUCCAUCUACGACGCCAGCCACCUCUCGCAGAAGAACUCGGCCAAAGUUGCCUUUCCCGAACGCCUGCCCCUGGGCGGUCUCCUCCACCAGAGGAAGUACAAGCUGCUGGCCCUGGUGACGCACAAGGGCAGCCACCACAGCGGGCACUACGAGUCGUUCCGCCGGCAGAACUUCUACCCGCCCUUCUCCAACCCGGGCACCUUCCAGCCGUCAGACGUGUACAGCAGGUCGGCGAGCCCCGCCCCCACGCCGCGCAUCGGCGCCCUGCAGCCUCGGCCCGAUGGCAGCAACCCGUCGGCCUCGGCCCCCGACCUCCUAUCGCCGCCAUCCGUCAUCGCCAGCUCCUCGACGCCCUCGCUGGAAUCCACGGGGCCGGCCGCCAGCUCCACCUCCCAGGACUACUACCCCUCCCCGUCGCCCAGCAGCAACAGCGAGGCCCCGCCACCGACAUCUGUCGCGGCGUCGGCGCGGUCGACGCUGUCGCGGAUCGCGUCGUCGCUCCCCUCGUCCCGCAGCGGCAGCCGCAACGGCUCCGGGCGCGACACCCCCAACCCCAACAGCAACAACAACAACAACAACCACCUGUCACCCGCCGUUGCCGGUUCCGAGCCGGCGGCGAGGGACGCGGGCUUGAUCCCCGCCUCUGCCGCGGCUAGAGCCGUCGCCGCCCGCCCCGCCACUGGCGGCGGCGGUGGUGGUGCCAUGGGCAAGGCGAAGCGGCGGAAGCAUAGCGAUCGGUGGUGGCGGAUCAGCGACGAGAAGAUCAAGGAGGCGAGCACGCGCGAGGUGCUGAGCAUGCGCCGCGAGGUCUACCUGCUCUUCUAUGAGCUGGAGAGGGAGGGGCCUCCUUGA